CACAGAUAGACCAUACAUUCAGUGUGUAAUUUAUUUUAGAAAAUGUUUUUACCUGUCGCGAUCUUAGCCGCGAUUGUGAUUUUAUUAUUCCUGAAUUUACAUAAAUGUAACUAUUGGGCAAUAAGGGGGGUCAAACAUGAGAAAUGUUACCCUUUAUUUGGAACUAUAUUUCGGGUGAUCACCCUACAGAUCUGUUUGUCAGAGUACGUCGCAGAGUUGUACCAUAAGUAUCUCAAGGAAAAUUUGGUUGGAUUCUCCAUCUGUGGCAUGAAUGCCCUCGUUGUGAGGGACCCUGAACUCAUCAAACAAGUUUUAACGACUGACUUCCAGCACUUUUAUCUAAGAGCUCUAAAUCCGAACAAGAGGGUUAUAGAACCGAUGCUCAAGAACUUGUUUUUCGCGGAUGGAGAUCUGUGGAAGCUGCUGCGGCAGAGGAUGACGCCCGCCUUCACGUCCGGCAAGCUGAAGGCGAUGUUCCCUCUGAUCGUGGAGAGGACCGAGCGGCUGCAGCGCACCGUCGCCGCCGCCGCGGAGCGCGGUACGGAGGUGGACGUGCGCGACCUCAUGGCGCGUUACACUACCGAGUUCAUCGGCGCCUGCGGCUUCGGCAUCGACACUGACUCCAUCAAUGAUGAUACGUCGAUUUUCCGCCAACUAGGUAAAAGCAUUUUCAAUCCAACAAAAAAAGAAUUCAUCAUUUCUGCACUAAAGUGGGUAUUCCCAGAAAAACUUAAGCAUUUUCGUUAUUUACCGUUACAUAUUGAACAAACUACGCUUGCCUUGGUGAAAGGGAUCAUGAUGAAAAGAAAUUACAUGCCUUCAGGGAGAAAUGACUUUAUUGAUCUACUUUUGGAACUAAAACAGAAAGGUACGAUUGUUGGCGAGUCUUUGGAAAACAGAAAUCACGACGGGUCACAGACAGCUAAGUUAGAGAUGGACGAGGUCCUGAUGGCAGCGCAGGUGUUUGUGUUCUUCGCGGCGGGGUUUGAGACGUCUUCGUCAGCGACCAGCUAUACUCUGCACCAGCUGGCGCUGAACCCUGACAAACAGACCAAGUGCCAGCAGGAGAUCGACAAUGUACUCGCCAGAUAUGACGGAAAACUUUGCUUCGACGCCGUCAAAGAGAUGAAGUACUUAGAAAUGUGUUUCAAAGAAGGCAUGCGAAUGCUUCCAUCUUUAGGCUUCCUCAUCCGUCAGUGCGUGAGACCGUACACGUUCCCCGGCACUGACGUGACCAUAGACGCCGGUGUGUACGUGCUGGUCUCCGUACAGGGCCUGCACAACGACGAGCAGUAUUUCGAGGCCCCGGACCAGUUCCGACCGGAGCGUUUUAGUGAAGGCGCAUGCAUCCCUAAACAUGUUUACUUGCCUUUCGGUGAAGGUCCGCGAGCUUGUAUAGGUGAGCGUCUGGGUCUGAUGCAGUCGCUAGCGGGGCUGGCGGCGCUGCUGCGCCAGUGCUCAGUGGCGCCCUCUGCCGGCACCCGCACGCCCCGCGUCGACCCUGUCUCCUUCAUUGUGCAGAACAUAGAAGGUGGACUACCGCUCUCAUUGGUGCCUCGCGAGAUCCAAUUAGAUAUUCAUGUGAAGUAA